AAACAGCUGGAGGGAUUGUGAAGACUGUCGGGCAAUGGAGGGGCCAAUGCAAAUGAAUGAAUGACAAGACAGAGGGCACACAGCCAGAUGUAUUUAUAGACGUUGAGAAAUUGAUACCAAAAGUGUGCAGUGGAAGGCAGAGAGAGAGAGAGAAAGAGAAAGAGAGAGCGAGACAGCAGAGGAAAUAGGGAGGAAGAGGGAGAGAGAGAAUGGGCAGGGCUCUAGGUAUGUUAGAACAACAGCAAGCCGGACCAGUCAGACAGAGAGGAGGAGUGAGAUGAGAGGAAGGAGAGGAGGCAGAGGAGAGUGAGUGGUUAAGUGCUUGUAAGUGUGUGAGUGUGUGUGUGUGUGUGUGUGUGUGUGUGUGGUGUGUGUGUGUGUGUGUGUGUGUUUGUGUGAAAUCAGAUGGAGCCCAAGUGCAAGACAGUGAGCCAGGGGAGAGAGAUGCUCAGAGGGGAUGAGGAGUAACAGGGCGAGGCAGCAGCGUGAGGGGCAGAGUGUGUGUGGCUGAGGAGGAAGAGUGUGUGUGAACAGAGGGAUGCAGUCAUGUCUCUGUGAGAGGGAGCAGCACAGCAACGGUAACCAUGCUGAGCCCCAAGAUAAAACAGGCACGCCGGGCACGCUCCAAGAGCAUGGUGCUCGGAGAGCUGUCCCGGGUGUCCAGGCCCUGCUCGCCUCUGGAUCAGGAGAAAGCACUGAAGGUGGGUUGGCUGAAGAGGCAGCGCAGUAUCAUGAAGAACUGGCAGCUGCGUUGGUUCAUCCUAAGGACUGAGGCUCUGUAUUUCUACAAGGACCAGGAUGAAACCAAGGCACAGGGUUGUAUCCUUCUUCAGGGCAGCCAGGUCAAAGAGCUGCCAGCCAAUCAGGAUGAGCCUGGUCGCCACCUUUUUGAAAUUGUUCCAGUAUGUUUUGCAGAAAAAAGACAUCAAGAUCACAGCUGGACUCCGAGGCUCAGAAUGACACAAGUUGCUAAACCUGGCACGCAGAUGUCUUUGGUGUUCAGACAGCGAUCAAAUCAGUGCAUGUACCACAACAGCAAAAUAUGCCAGGUUUGCAGUGGGGCUGGAGAAAAGGAUCGAUCAGGUAUAAGCCAUGAAUCAUUCCUGCUGAUGGCCAACUCUCAGAGUGACAUGGAGGAAUGGGUCAGAGCCAUACGGAGAGUCAUAUGGGCUCCGCUUGGAGGAGGAGUCUUUGGGCAGCACCUGGAGGAGACAAUGUUGUACGAGGCCCAGUGUGGCCCCCAGCGAACGGUCCCUGUGCUGGUCGAACAGUGUGCGUGUUUCAUGCGUGAACAUGGGCUUGAGGAGGAGGGCCUUUUCAGGGCCCCUGGACAGACCAAUCACGUUCGAGAGCUGCAGGACGCGUUUGAUCGUGGCGAGAAGCCGGUGUUUGACAGUACCACAGAUGUCCACACAGUGGCAUCGCUGCUAAAGCUGUUCAUACGGGAGCUGCCUGAGCCUAUUAUCCCAUUCUCCAAAUACACACAGUUUAUUUCUUGUGCUCAGCUACUUACCAAGGAUAAAGAACUGGGAAUCAUAGAGCUCGGCAAACAGGUGAAAUCUCUUCCUCAGGUCAACUACAACCUCCUUAAAUACAUCUGCAGGUUCCUGGAUGAGGUUCAGUCUCACUCCAACGAGAACAAGAUGAGUGUUCAGAAUCUGGCCACUGUGUUUGGACCCAAUAUCCUUCGGCCCAGGGUAGAGGAUCCAGUAACAAUGAUGGAGGGAAGUAACCAGGUGCAGCAUCUGAUGACUGUGCUGAUCAGUGAACACUCCCGACUUUACCAACACGAAGAGCCAGAAACAGAAAUCGAGAUCCCUCGACAGCAACCUCAGAGUCUUGCCCAACGGUGCACAGUGGAAUGGAUGUCACACGAAGACGCUGAACCCCCACCCUCCUCAGGCACAAGCGCCACAACACCCAAGGAGAAACUCCAAUCUUCCACCCCAUCUUCAGAGGGUAAGCUGGAAGCCCCAAGCCCCAUUACAGUGAUAGAGAAGGGCGAGGAUGAUCAGGAUGAAGGGAAGAGCAAAAGUGGGCCAGAGGAGAAAGUUGAUGAUAAAGCAGAUAUCAAAACUGAAGUGAAAAGUGGGGGUGAAGUCGCCGUUAGUCCCAGUAAACAGUCCAAAGCACUUCCGUCCUGGAGGAGCUCCUUCAAGGGCAGUGCAGCAUCUGGGGGGCCAAGGGGAAAAAUAGGGGGGUCGGCGGGGGAUGUGUCAGCAGCUGGUGGGAGCAACUGGCUGAUGAAUGGCCUGUCGUCCUUCCGAGCUCACCGCCGCACCACGUCAUCUGGUGAGAGGCUGAAAGAUUCGACCCUGUCUCUGAAGGACUCAACCCUCUCCCUUAAAGAGAGCACUCUCUCAAUUAAGGACUCGCAGAGAGACUCAGAUGACGACUCCGCUCGAACGCCCCUCGCUCACAGGGCCCUCCACCAAUCGCACAGACUGUCCGCCUAUGACAACGUUGCCCCGUCCAGUCUGAGCCUGCCUGCUGAAUCCCCGAUUUGGUCGUCCUUUGAGAUCUCGCUGGCCGAACCAGAGGUAAGCGAUAGGGCAGUCAAUGUAGCGCAGGGUCAAGAGAGACCCACAGAGGUGAGGGACAGUACAAAUACUUCAGAUCACAGUGCAAGUGGUGCUGAGGACGAUCCCGCAGAAGGAGAUGAAGGUCUCACCAACAUGCUCACCCAUCUCAAGGAGGAGCUGAAGAGGCAGAGGACGAGUUAUGAAGCCUCCAUUCGCAAGUUGGAGGAGUCCUGCUCUAAGUACCAGUCCCAGGUAAACCGCCUCGAGGAGGAGCUGGACCAGGAGAAGAAGAAGUUCCACAUGCUGGAGAUCCGACUCAGGAAUUCAGAGCGAGCAAAUAAAGACGCGGAGAACCGAAACAUCCUCCUCCAGCAAGAGAUGGAGGACUUCUUCAAAACCCUCGGAGAUCUGACGACAGGAGCAACACAGACCAACUAGAUCUGACCAAGCUGCCAUCACCUGGUCCAUCAGAGGAGGAGGAGGGAGGAGGAAGAGCUUAAAUAACUGGGAAGACCAGCCAGUUCCAAAGCUUUGAAGACCAAAUACCUCUAGUGCUACUUGCCAUCAUAUCCUCUUUAGUAUGGCGGUCUUGUGCCUACACUGAACAAUGCCAGUGCCAAACGAGAGCUCUUCCAGAUCAAGGACUUCUCAUUUUACCACUCCAAAAACUUCCUCCCCAUUAUACUCCAUUGUUCAUGUAGCUGAUUAUUUAUUGACUAAAUUACUCUAUGAGAUACUGGAUAUGAGGUACUUUUCCUGUAAACACUUUGUUAAGGACUCUUGAAACUCAAAGGAAUAACAACGUGAGACAUUAAAAUUCAACUCGUUUA